AAGCGGACGGCGUCAUGAGGCACCUGCCGUACUUCUGCCGCGGCCGGGUGGUGCGGGGCUUCGGCCGCGGCUCCAAGCAGCUGGGCAUCCCCACAGCUAACUUUCCUGAACACGUAGUAGAUAAUCUGCCAGCUGAUGUAUCUACUGGCAUCUAUUACGGUUGGGCCAGUGUUGGAAGUGGAGAUGUCCACAAGAUGGUGGUGAGCAUAGGCUGGAACCCAUACUACAAGAAUACGAAAAAGUCCAUGGAAACGCAUAUCAUGCACACCUUCAAAGAGGACUUCUAUGGAGAAAUCCUCAACGUGGCCAUUGUUGGCUACCUCAGACCAGAAAAGAAUUUUGAUUCUUUAGAGGCACUUAUUGCAGCAAUUCAAGGCGAUAUCGAGGAAGCUAAGAAACGACUAGACUCACCAGAGCAUCUGAAACUCAAGGAGGACAACUUCUUCCAGGUCGCUAAAGGCAAGCUAAUGAACGGCCACUGAUGAAACUCAUCUUAUUUGUUCAUUCACUGUUUCCUAGCGUUUUACUGCUCAUAACUCUGCAGUCUCACAUAGGUUGUAUUUUAAAAGUCAAACAUUUUCCUACAGCUGUGAAUUAGUUUUAAACAGUGCAAUGUAGUUACCAUAUUAUGUUUCAACUGCUUAGUUAAACCCAUCAUGUUACAGUACUAAAAAGGUUCACCUAAGAAGUCAAGAUCCUUUUUUAUGUAAUAUGUUGAUUAAAAUGUACCACUAGAAAGGUCUUAAGUGUCUUAUAAUGGAAAUGAAAUGUGUAUAAAUAUGGGUAAAAAGGCAACAACUAGUUUGAGAUGAGAACUGUAAUUCUCAUGGUGAAAUUCUAGCACGCAUGUACUUGUGUAGCAUGCUCUGCUGAUUACAAGGCUUAGAAAAGCAAGUAUAUUCAACAGGUUUGACAGUUUAUUGCUAAACCUAAGGGGGAAAAUCCUGACUUCAUAUUUUUGAUAUUUGGGGCAUUUAUAUAUUAUUAUAGACAUGAAGACUUGUAAAAUUUUAUUUUAAUGAGUCAUUUCCUCUAAGAGGCCAAAUCAUUGUACUGUGUUCCAUUUUUGUUACAGCUGCCUCUGUUUUAAUUGGUCUAGACUCUCUGCCUAUUAUUUCUUUGUUUUGUUUUUUUUAAACAGUAAAAUAAGUGUUUUCGAAUCUCUAGGUCUCAUUUUUGUGUUGAACAACACUUUCCUUUUACAAGUAGAUGUUCUUCAGCAUCUUUCUUGACUUUUUCUUUCCUGUAAACAAUUGUCAGUGUCAGUUUUUCCAUUUAGAAUAUCGUACAGUUUACAUUUACGAAAGACUGCAUCUGCCAUUCCGUCCCUUCACUAUAUGAACAGAGAUUAGCACAUAUCUGUAUUGCAUUUUAGAAAAAAUACCAAAAAAGUCUUCAGAUUUCCUCAAAGUUUAAAUGAAUACAGCAGUUCAUUUAUAUAUGCCAAUUCCUUAAAGAAAACAAAAUACUUGGUUUUUUUUCCCCUAGGGAAACUAUUUAAGAGUCAACUAAACUAGGAAAUAGGAAUUUAUUUAUUUUUAAUGUAAUUAUAUUUCUGAGCAGAUGUAAACUGUUGUGGUUGUGUGCGCACAAUGUAAUUUAAUGCUGAAGAGUGCUUGUAUCUGGGGGCAAAACAUAAGUAAUAAAGUUUUAGUUAAAUAC